AUGUCAACAGAGAAUUAUACGCAGUCACCACCUAAUUACACAACUACAGCCAAUAAAACAGAUCAUAAGAAUUACAAUUCCAUCUCUGGAAAUGAAGAAAUCACCAACGCUGGCCCAUCUGGAGAUCUCCCAGAUGAUUUCAAAUACGGUGCAACCAUUAGCGAAUGUGUCAAAGAGAUACGUUUACAAUCCGUUAGAAAGAUAUACACAAUAUUGAGUCUCCAGUUACUUGCCACAUUUGCAGUCGGUUUCUGGGUUUCCUACAGCCAAGCAAUGCAAACGUUCAUACUUAGACAUCCUAACAUCCUAUUCGUGCCAUUAAUUGGAUCAUUCGUCACACUUGGUUUAACGUACUGGAAACGCCACAGCCAUCCGACAAAUUUGGCACUUUUAUCAUCAUUUACUGCGAUGGAAGCCUUAGCAAUUGGUGCUGUCAUCUCUACUUUCGAAAACAAGACAAUUGUCUUACAAGCUUUGUUAUGCACUGCUGUUAUUUUCAUCGGUUUGACUGCAUUCACUUUCCAGUCAAAAUAUGACUUUAGCGGUUUGGCGCCAAUACUGAGCGUUGGUAUAUUCGGCAUGAUUGGUUUCGGUUUAGUUGGCCUUUUCGUCCCAUUCAGCUCAACUAUCAGUCUUGUUUAUGGUAUUCUCGGUGUUGCUUUGUUUUCUCUAUACGUUGUCUUUGAUACUCACCAGAUUUUCAACCGUUUGUCUCCAGAUGAAUAUAUUCUCGCUUCUAUUUCCCUCUACUUGGAUUUCUUGAACCUCUUCUUAUCAAUAUUACGUAUCUUCUCAUCAAUGGAUGACAACUAA